AUGGGUUGCGCGAGCGUUUCGGGCUGCGCCCACUGGUCCUUCUACGGCAACAACAACUGCUACCUGCACAACAGCUCGGCGGAAGUGGUGUACGACCGCUGGGUCCAAUCCGGGCAACCCACCUGCGAGGAGUCCUUGUCCGACCAGCGCUGGAGCUUUGUGGAGGCGGAUGCCAGCCAGGGACCCACCAAGGGCCUGCUGCGCCACUUCCAGCAUCUGCUUUGCAUGGAUCCGGUCGGACUGCCUUUGCCAGGAGCGCCGGCUCCCACAGAGGCAAAGUUGGCGACCUGCCUCAUGCACAACCCAGCCACCGAUCAGGUCUGGGAGCUCACCGCGAAGGGCCAGCUCUACAAUCCUGCCAGUGAGAAGUGCCUGGCCGUGGUGGUGCCAACGGACUGGGAGCAGCAGCUCGAGCAGCAGGAGAGCCUCGCCUUCCUGGAGAGCGCCGCCACUGUGCUCGCCGACUGCGAGGCCUCGCCCUUCCAGAUCUUCGAGCUGGAAGCCAGCACCGCCCACCUCAAGGUGAACGGCAGCGAUUACUGCCUCACCACUUCCUCCGCGGCUUCGGGUGCGACCAUUGUCAGCUCCUCCUGCGCUGCGGACAUGUCCAUGUCCUGGGAGUUUGUGGACACCGCUGCGGUGGCCCAGCGCUGCAUCCAGCUCUGUGGCCAGGAGAUCUUCGACGUCUGGUCUCUCAUCAACAAUGACUUCCACUGCCACUGCGGCAUUUGGUUCGUGAACCCAGGUUUUUUCAUGAACGACCUCAUCGAGGGCGUUCAGGAGAGUGUGUACGCAUACUCGACCGCGCGCUUUGGGCUGCUGAAACCCGCGACGGCGUUUGCGCUGAUGCCGCCGGCCACGGUGGAGUCCUCGCUGGCCGCGGGGUUCCGGGUGCCCGAGAUGGAGAACACCAGCAUUUAUGAGCCGGGCUUGGAUAUCCUGCAGGAAAUCCAGGAAGAAGGCCUCACGCCAGAGUCGAGCUUCGGGUUUGGGUACCUCAGCGAGGCCGAGCAGCCGACGGUGGAGAAAGUCUUCGUGGACGGCGUUGAGGCUCUGAACCUGUCGGAGGGCUCCGUGGUGACCAUCCACGUGAGCAACUUCCACGACAUUAGCAGCGUUCAGGUGUUCCUGGGGGCUGUGCAGGUGCCGGAGGUGACGGCGACCGAAUCCAUGGUGACGUUUGUGGCGCCCGUGUGCACAGCGGGGCCGGUGGAGAUGAAGAUCAUGGCCGGCUGGAAAGGUUGGGCGGAUUUCUCGCCGCUGGUCGAGAACUCCGAGGAGUACGAUCGACCCUUCCAGCGGAUCUUGCCGGACUCGAUCACGGUGCAGUUUGGGGACCUGAACGGCGUUGACAGCCUCAGCCCCGCGGCCGGGUCCAUGCUCGGCGGCGUGAAGGUGACCAUCCGCGGUGUUGGCUUCAAGCUGCCGAGCUCCGCGAACAACGUCACGGUGUGGCACAAGACCGGGCUACUGAAGGGCGAGUUCGCAGGUGAGUGCAACGUUACGGAUGCCACGCUGGAAGUCCUGGAGUGUGACAUGCCCAGCUUCGACUUGACCCACUGGAGCAGCACUCAGUUUGAGGAAGUGAUGCUCAUUGAUGUGAACGGGCAGCAGACGAGCAGCAGUGGCGAAAUGUUGAGUUUCACCUACUCCCGGCCGCGCACCCCCAUCGUGAAGAGCAUCACCCCCACGGCGCUGUCCUUCGCGGCCACAGGCAACGUGACGCUCCACGGCUUCAACUUCGGGCUCCUGCAGUUUCAGGGCGUUAGCUCCGAGACUGGCAGAGACGCACAGGAUCAAUUUGCGGCUCAGUUGAAGGAGGUUGAUGAUGACAUGCAAAUCCGGGAAGAGCCAUCCAAUGCGGAGAUUGCUGAACUGAUGGGCAUUGUGAAAACGGGGCUUUCAGGUGAUCUUAUGCUCUACUAA